AAUGUUUUUAUUUUUUACAGGAGAGCAUUAAUAUGGAGGAAGACAGACGUCAAUCGAAUAGUACACUUAUUGAUAAUAAAAAUGGUGGUGUUAAUUCGUUAAAUGCGAUGAUUCUGAUUGGAGAUGCUAUUCAUAAUCUGAUGGAUGGACUUGCAAUAGGCGUGGCCUUCACCGCCGAUAUAUUAGUGGGCGUGUCCACUUGUAUUGCAGUUAUGUUCCACGAACUCCCCCACGAAUUAGGUGACUUUGCUGUCCUCGUUAAUAAUGGUCUUAGUGUAAAAAAGGCGCUGUUGUGCAACUUCGGCACUGCGUGUAUGGCAUUUAUUGGGUUGUAUAUUGGAAUAGCUGCCGGGGAAGGCACUGCUAUCCAUCAAUGGGUGUUUGCUGUCACAGCAGGAAUGUUCAUCUACGUUUCCCUCGUAGAUUUGAUGCCCGAACUUGAUCACACGAAAUCAGCAAAACCUCUCCAGACGUUUCUACUACAGAACCUUGGUCUGUGUAUCGGAUGGACAAUGAUGGUUCUCAUAGCCUAUUUUGAAGGGGACUUCAGCUUGGGUGACGCUGAGCACGAACAUUGACAACUGAAAAUGCGAAUUCAGACCUAAAAUCACUUGAGGAGCCUUAGAACUUUAUAUAAGCUAUGUUGACUGACGUAGGCAUUUGUAGGUGGUCUACAUGACAUAAACGAUAAAAAAUAAUAUAUAACUUAUAAAUGCGAUAAUCAUAGAAUAACGAUUUAAUUGUGUACAUAUAUAUUAUGGCACGUAUGAAUGUAUUUUUAUUACAUAUCCCAGACUAAGUAAGGCCUGCAUUGGAAUAGCC